UUGUUCCCUGCGCAUAAUCUCUUAGCAGUAACACUUGCAAGGAAGCUUCUGUUGAACCAAAACAAACUGAGCCAAAAGAAAGAAUCAUAAGUCGGGUCAUCACGCAGACUCACUUUUGUGGAUGGGGGAAAAGAGAUCGACGAUGGGGAUGACGGCAUUCAUGGUGCGAGAAUUCGAUCCGAACAAGGACUGGAAGGAGGUCGAAGAAGUAGAGAGAAGGUGCGAGGUCGGCCAUGCCAGCAAGAUGUCCCUCUUCACCAAUCUUUUGGGCGACCCUAUUUGCCGAAUCCGCCAUUCGCCUCCUUAUCUCAUGCUGGUGGCUGAGAUGGAACAGGAGGGAGAGAGGAAGAUCGUGGGCAUGGUCAGGGGUUGCAUCAAAACUGUCAGUUGCGGUGGAAGAAAGCUCUUCAGAAACGGAAGCUCGAACGGCGAUGGCGAGAAUGAUCCUACUAAGAUCAUCAGUCCUAUCUACGCCAAAGUCGCCUCCAUUCUUGGCCUAAGAGUCUGUCCAUCUCACCGAAGAAUUGGCAUUGGUUUGGCUCUGGUGAAGAAGAUGGAGGCAUGGUUCAUCCACAAUGGUGCUGAGUACUCUUACAUAACCACGGAAAAAGACAACCAAGCCUCGCUCAAUCUCUUCUUGUUGAAAUGCAGCUACUCCAAAUUCCGAACCCCUUCCAUGUUGGUCCGGCCAGUUUACGCUCACCGGGUCAAAAUCCCAAAUCGAGUCUCUAUAUUCGAACUCGACCACCUGGAGGCCGAGUCGCUUUAUCGGGCCCGGUUCUCCGCCACCGAGUUCUUCCCUCGUGACAUCGAUUGCAUCCUCAAUAACAAGCUCAACCUUGGCACAUUCGUUGCCAUGCCAACUGGGUCAUGGCCUGGUUCCGGGCGGCUCCUGGCCGACCCACCUGAGUCGUGGGCGGUCGUCAGCAUAUGGAAUUGCAAGGAGACGUUCACGUUGGAAGUAAAAGGAGCGCCGCGUGCCCUCCAGUGGAUCGCCAAGGCGACGCGAGCGGCAGACCGGUUGCUGCCCUUUCUGGGCAUACCGUCUGUGCCUCAGCUGUUCAAGCCGUUCGGGUUCCACUUCUUGUAUGGCCUUGGAGGGGAAGGCCCACGAGCAGGCAGGAUGAUGGAGGCGCUCUGCGCGCACGCGCACAACCUGGCCAAGGAAAUGGGCUGUGCGGUGGUGGCGACCGAGGUGGCGAGCCGCGACCCGCUGAGGCCGGCGAUCCAGCAUUGGAAGAGGUUGUCUUGCGAAGAGGACGUGUGGUGCAUGAAGAGGCUGGUGGAGGGUUACAGCGAUGGUCCGGUCGGGGAUUGGACUUAUAGCCAACCUGGCUUCUCUAUAUUUGUGGACCCUAGAGAAGUGUAAUUAAGCUUAUUGAUCAUACUCAUUGCAGCUUUCCUUGCUUUGGUAGCUCAUGAUUUGGAAAGAGAAGUUAAAAGUAUUAGCUAGAUAAUUAAGGGUUGGGGUUUAAUCUUGGACAUUGAACAGGUUUUGUAUGGUCUCGAGAAGCUUGACCUGCAAAAUUGGAAUUUGAUUUGCUUCUGGUUACAUUGCUAUUGUUUGUUAAUGCAUGUUUUUAAAUCUUGGCUGUUGCUAUAAU